GCAUUAUUUGAAGUUGAACAGACAGCUAAAAGAAUGACUGCAUUUUCUCGCUCAUCCCCAAAAUCCUUCCUUUCUCUCUCUACCCCCGUUUUCCCUCUCUUCCCCAAAACCCCCUUUUCUCUCUCUAACCCAUUUUCGCUGUCGGACUUUCCCAUCACUCUUUCUCUCCGUUUCACAACUGCAUCUUCUCUGUCAUUCUCGAAACCCCUCCUCUCUCUCUCCAUCGGCAUUUUAUCUCUUUACCGAAUUUUCACCAAUUUUCUCUUCUCCUCUGAUUUUGCUACUGCGUUUUCUCUCUCAUCAGGCAUUUAAUUUCGAUUCAUCAGAUGUUUCUGCAAAAUUUUUAGGGUUUGAUCAUGCCACUGCUCCAGACGCAGAUCCCGGUGCCUGCAGAGACGACUUGCGGUUCUCUCCUCCAAGAAUUGCAGAGAAUAUGGGAUGAACUGGGAGAGGGUGACCAUGAGAGGGAUAAGAUGUUGCUCCAGCUGGAGCAAGAAUGCUUGGAUGUGUAUAGGAGAAAAGUUGAUCAAGCGAGCAAGCAUAAGGCGAGUUUGCAUCAAGCACUGGCUGAUGCAGAAGCUGAGGCCACAGACAUUAUUUCAGCUCUCGGAGAACAUUCACUGUUCACACGUCCUGUGGGGACCUUGAAAGAGAAAAUGUCAGCGAUAAGUCCAACUUUGGAAGACCUGAGGCAUAAGAAGAAAGAAAGAGUCAAGGAAUUAUCUGAUGUGCAGUUGCAGAUUGUUCGGAUUUGUGGGGAGAUAGCUGGUAAUGUCCAGCUUAGCAAUUCAGUGACAAUUCCCCAAGUGGAUAAGCAGGACUUAAGUUUAAAGCGGCUGGGAGAACUGAAAUCAGAACUCCAGGAGCUUCAGAAAGAAAAGGCACUCCGUCUGCAAAAGGUUUGUGAUCAUGUUCAUCUCGUACAUGAUCUAUCAGCUGUAAUGUCUUGUGACUUUCAAAAGACUAUUAUUGAAGUCCACCCUAGCUUGGAUGAUUCCUCUAGCAGUCAACCGAAGAGCAUUAGCAAUGAUACCCUAGCCAGGUUAGCCGGGUGUGUGCAUUCGCUUAAACAAGAAAAGCAGCAAAGAUUGCAAAAGCUACAAGAUAUGGGGAGUACAAUGGUGGAGUUAUGGAACCUCAUGGACACACCUGUGGAAGAACAAAAACCUUUUGACCAUGUGACGUGCUUGAUAUCUGCAUCGGUUGAUAAGGUCUCAGGUCGUGGAAGCCUCGCUUUGGAUGUCAUUAAACAAGCAGAGAUUGGAGUUGAGAGACUGGAUGCUCUAAAAGCUAGUAAGAUGAAGGAACUCGUUUUGAAGAAGCAAAAUGAGCUUGAAGAAAUUUAUUUGGCGGUUCAUAUGGAUGUAGAUAGUGAUUCUGCACGGCAGAUUCUUAUUAGUUUGAUUGAAUCUGGGAGUGUAGAUCUCUCUGAGCUGCUAUCAGGCAUGGAUGAUCAAAUUGCAAAAGCUAAAGAGCAGGCCCAGAGCAGAAAGGAAAUUUUGGAGAAGGUGGAGAAAUGGUCAUUUGCCAUUGAGGAAGAGAACUGGCUUGAGGAAUAUGAAAGGGAUCAAAAUCGCUAUAGUGCUGGUAGAGGAGCCCAUAAGAAUCUGAAACGUGCAGAGAAGGCGAGGAUUCUGGUUAGCAAAAUUCCAUCUCUUGUGGAGACACUAACCACCAAAAUUAAGGCUUGGGAGGAGGAAAAAGGAUUCCCGUUUCUAUAUGAUAAGGCUCCUCUGUUAGAGACAUUGGAGGAAUACACUAUAUUACGGCAGGACAGAGAGGAAGAGAAGAGGAGAUCAAGAGAGCAGAAGAGAUUGCAAGAACAAUUUGCAACGGAGCAAGAAGCACUGUUUGGGUCGAAGCCAAGUCCUAUGAGGCCUCUCUAUCUAAAGAAGCCAUUGGGUCACAAUGUAAGUGGAGGCACGGCAAAUGGGACCCCGACAAACCGGAGGUUGCCUGUUGGUGGUGCACGAUCAGCUGUCAAGGAUGGGAGAAAAGAGAGUGGCAGAGGUGGUAGUGGAAUCGGUAUACCUGUAAACUAUGUCGCCCUCUCCAAGGAUGACUGUAAUUCUCAUAACACCUCGACUGUUGCAUCACCAUGACAUAGAGAUGAGAUUUGUGUCUUUAUGAAUUGUUUGUGAAGAUUGGGGAAUGUUUGGAAGUAAUUGUCGUUUCUUUGCCUUGUUUCAGUUUUUUUUUAGGAAAAGUUUAACUAGUUUUAUUUUUUUAUUUGGAAUUUAAAGCUUUAAAAAGAAUCACACUGGUAAAUGAUGGAUUUUA